CCAGUUGUUUCAUAUGGAAUUCAUAUAUGUGAUCAACUGCACUAUUUUAAAAAAUGCUUUGCAGCCCACCGCAUCCUAGCAGGGGCCCAGGUCCCUAGUGAGUGGAAAUGUGGUCUUCUCUUCCGGAUCGCUAAAUGGGGGAAGUUCUAGCCCGCUCGGCGGGAAUAAAUCUCAACUGGUUUGUUCUCCGUGCGGGCAGACAGGCUCCCCCAGUCCGCAGUGAAGGCUCCGGGCCGCCCGGCCUCCGCCCCGCCCCUGCCUGGUCCGGCUGCCUCGCAGUGUCUCCCCGCAGGAGCAAAUCCCGGGCCACGGGAAAGGAGACUCGGAGUCUGUUCUGCUUCCUCUGGGCCAGGCGAGGUCUCUAGGGCCGAGGGAGUAAGAAUUGUGAGGAGGGGAAGGCACACGCAUUCGCACGGUGGCUCGAGGACUUCAGGUCGGAAUACACACUGGGGCCGGGGAGCCACCGCUGGAGCAGAGCUGGCUGCUGCCCCGGCCUGGAGCGCGCGCGGCCGGGCGUCGGGAAGCGGAGGCAGCCCUACCCGCCGUAGCGUAGGCUGCCCGCCGCCCGGGAGCGCGGCGGCAAAGGAGGCGCGUUCCCUCUCCGGAGCCCCUUUGUUCGCUCCGGCCUGCUGGCGGGCGCCCGGCGACCGUGGCUCUCGGUAGAGAAGCAGCCCAGGUACAGCAGGUCCAGAUUCCAGGUUGCACCAGAACAUUUUCUUCCUCUGUUGUGGAUCACACUGCAACAUCCCUGAAGCCCUUCUGGCAUCCUGCUAUGGCCUACUACACAGUCAAUUGGUAACAACUGAAGAAAUACGGGAAAAUGAGGUUGCACUUAACUUUCACAAAAAGAAGUACACGGAAUAGCUGCAUAUGAGGCCAAUCCCCAAAUUUAAUGAAGGAUGUCAGAAUGGGAACAUUUUGAUAUGCCAGUGUCCUCAUGCAACAGUAUGCUCCGUUCUUUUGCCAUCUCUGAAAAAAUGGUAUUAAAAGAAAAUAUUCUGUAAAUAAGAAGCUCGGUAUACAUGUUUAAUGACCAACAUGGACAUCUGUUCUACAGAAUACCAAGUCCUAUGCUCUUGAAGAAGCAAGCGCCCAUUUAAAACUGACCCUAAAUAAAAACAAACUUGAAUAGACAUCAGAAUGUUUGGGAGUGGCAGGAGAGUAAAAAAAUGGCAAUUUAUUCAGAUAUUUGCCACUUGUUUCGUACUAAGCCUCAUGUUCUUCUGGGGACCGAUCGAUAAUCACAUCGUGAGCCAUAUGAAGUCCUACUCUUACAGAUACCUCAUAAAUAGCUACGACUUUGUGAAUGAUAGCCUGUCUCUUAAGCGCAGCGAGGAUGGGACUCCUCGCUACCAAUACUUGAUUAACCAUGAGGAGAAGUGUCAAGCACAAGAUGUCCUGCUCUUACUGUUCGUGAAGACUGCUCCCGAAAACUACAAUCGACGUUCGGCCAUUAGGAACACCUGGGGCAAUGAGAAGUAUGUUCAGUCUCAACUUAAUGCCAACAUCAAAACUCUGUUUGUCUUAGGAACACCUUCUGACCCACUGACGAGAGAAAGACUUCAGAGAAGACUGGUUUGGGAAGAUCACAUGUACAGUGAUAUAAUUCAGCAAGAUUUUGUUGAUUCUUUCUAUAAUCUUACUCUUAAAUUUCUUCUGCAGUUCAAAUGGGCAAAUAGCUUUUGUCCACAUGCCAAAUUCCUUAUGACUGCUGAUGAUGACAUAUUUAUACACAUGCCAAAUCUUAUCGAAUACCUUCAAAGUUUAGAACAAAUGGGUGUUCAAGACUUUUGGAUUGGUCGCGUUCAUCAUGGUGCCCCUCCCGUUAGAGAUAAAAGCAGCAAAUACUAUGUCUCCUAUGACAUGUACCAGUGGCCGGCUUACCCUGACUAUACUGCUGGAGCUGCCUAUGUGAUCUCUGGUGAUGUAGCCACUAAAGUUUAUGAGGCCUCACAGACACUCAACUCUAGUCUCUACAUAGACGAUGUAUUCAUGGGCCUCUGUGCCAAUAAAAUAGGGCUGGUACCACAAAGCCAUGCGUUUUUCUCUGGGGAAGGUAAAACUCCUUAUCAUCCCUGCAUCUAUGAGAAAAUGAUGACAUCUCAUGGGCACGUGGAAGACCUUCAGGACCUUUGGAAGGAUGCCACAGACCCGAAAGUAAAAAUGAUUUCAAAAGGUUUUUUUGGUCAAAUAUACUGCAGGAUAAUUAAGAUAGUUCUCCUUUGCAAACUGACCUAUCUGGAUACGUAUCCUUGUAGGGCUGCCUUUGCCUAAUAGUACUUGAAUGUUAUGUGUUUUCACUGUCACUGAGCCAAUCCUGGAUGCAAAAAGCCUUUACAUGUUUGUCUAUACCAUAAGUGAAAUGAAUAUGAAGAACAAAGAAAUGUUUUGAAAGCCUA